CGCAGUCAGUGUUGGGGCUCGGGCUGGCGGAAGGUAUUUGGGGAACGCGUGAGGCAGAGAGCAGCGACCCACCGGGGGACAGGAACAUUCAGGUUCUUCCUAUGGAGCAAAUUAUCUUCUGAGACAAAUUGCCACCUAAGAAGAUUUAUUUUAAAGUCCAGUCAGCAGUUAAUCAUCUGAGGAAGAUUUAAAAGGGCUGGACACAAUGGAAAAGUAUGAAAAGAUAGGCAAAAUAGGAGAAGGCUCAUAUGGUCUGGUCUUUAAAUGCAGAAACAGAGACACUGGGCAGAUUGUGGCAAUUAAGAAGUUCCUUGAGUCAGAAGAUGAUCCUGUGAUCAAGAAGAUUGCUUUGCGUGAAAUUCGCAUGCUAAAGCAAUUGAAGCAUCCCAAUCUUGUAAACCUUCUUGAAGUAUUCAGGAGAAAGAGGAAGCUGCAUCUAGUUUUUGAGUAUUGUGACCACACAGUCCUCCAUGAACUGGACAAGUUCCCACGUGGGGUCCCUGAACAUUUAGUGAAGAGCAUCACCUGGCAAACAUUACAAGCUGUUAAUUUCUGCCACAAACAUAAUUGUAUUCACCGUGAUGUCAAGCCAGAGAAUAUCCUUAUCACCAGGCAUUCUGUUAUUAAGUUGUGUGACUUCGGCUUUGCCAGGAUACUGACUGGACCUAGUGACUAUUAUACAGACUAUGUGGCCACCAGAUGGUAUCGUGCACCAGAACUGCUGGUUGGAGACACACAAUACGGCCCCCCCGUGGAUGUGUGGGCGAUUGGCUGCGUAUUUGCAGAACUUCUAUCAGGAAUGCCACUGUGGCCUGGGAAGUCAGAUGUCGAUCAGCUGUAUUUAAUAAGGAAAACUCAGGGUGAUCUAAUAGCCAGACAUCAGCAAGUGUUUAGCACAAACCAGUUCUUCAGUGGGGUCAGCAUCCCUGAUCCAGAAAAUAUGGAACCUCUGGAAUCACGAUUCCCAAACAUUUCAGCGCAAGCAUUGGGACUCAUGAAGGGCUGUCUGCACAUGGAUCCUGCUGAAAGGCUGACAUGCCAGCAGCUGCUCGAUCAUCCAUAUUUUGAUAGCAUUCAGGAUGAAGGCGAUGGGGUGAAAGAUUCAGAAAGAGUGAGUCGGAAACCGUUGAGGCUGCACAGAAAGUAUUUUCCUGGGCUCCAGCAACUUCCGCAAUUAACAAGCAGUAAUAUUUUACCCGCUUUAGAGAACAAGAAGUGCUACGGUAACACCAGAAAAUUCAACUACCGUUUCCCUAACAUCUAAGAACUGGUAGAAAGGGACUCCUUACAUAUUUAUUGUCCUCAGAGCAAUGCGGCAGCAACCUGUUAACACGCUGCUCAAACACGCUGCAAACAUUUCAAAUAGUUAUACAUGUAAAAAACAUGAUAUAUUUUCUCCUCUAGAUGAUAUUAUGUAUCUGCCGCUUCAGGAAAUAGAGUAUGCAAUGAUUGACUUUUUUGUAUCAAAGUAUAUUCUGUUUUCAAUUACUUUUUUUGCAACAAUUUUUUUGUAUCAAUUUUCUCUGGGACUAACACUUCACAUUGAACUCUAUGCACUAAUAUGCUACUAUGUCACAGAGCGACAUCUAGUGGAGAAAAUAUAUAAUGUUUUUGCCAUGUAUAACUACAGUAUUUGAAAUGUUUGUACCAAUUACAUCAAUAAGUAAUCUAGUACAUCAUUUUGGCUUCUUUUUUGAAGGGGGUUGUGUGUGUAUAUAUAUAUAUAUAUAUAUAUAUAUAUCACAAUUUUGUCACUUGCACCUUAUCCUUGAUAAAGGCCCCAACAAGGGCCGAAACUUUGGACACACAAGUGAUGACUCAAUAAAAUCGUAUGGAAAAUAACUGGAGUGCUGGUCCACUUUACAUAUUAAAA